AUGUUCGUUAAUACUCCUGAUCUGUCUAAUUGUAUGAAUUGCAUUAUAGCUCCUUUAAACGGAGUUGGAGGAAUAUACUUGGGAAAUAUUGAUGCUGCGUAAAAUCCAGAUAAUUUAAUUAAAUAUUAAAUAGGGGCUGUGCUUUCUCUUAUUGAUUAUCAAGUAUCAAUCAAAGGGGCCUAAAAAUUAUGGAUAAUGGCAGAGGAUUGCGAUGAUUUUCCCUUAUACAAAUAUUAUGAUUAAUCUAUUAAAUUCAUAGACCUUUAAGCUCUAAGAACAAAUGUGCUCAUUCAUUGCUACAAUGGGAUUUCUAGAUCUGCAGCUAUUUGCGCAGCCUACAUGAUGCAAAAAUAUUAAUUGAGUCUUAAUCAAACUUUGCAUCACAUUUAAUAACGUAGAAGAUUAGUUAGUCCAAAUCCAGGUUUCAUUAAAUAACUUCAAGACUUUGAAUAGAAGUUUAACCCGAAGGAAAGAAGAAAACGAGGUUCAGUAUAUAUGGAACCCAGUACUAAAUCACGUCGCAGUUCAAUUGAAUUUGAUGGCAAUAGAAUAAGUUCUAAUUAUAUUAAAAGUUCGAUAACAAAUUCAAUUCUAAAUUAAUCCAAUUAAAGGGAUAAAUUAACUGAUUUUACCCAUAAAUUAAACAAUUAUAUGCAUUAAUGGAAGAUAAGAGAAAGAGCUCAUUGA